CAGUUUUGUCUUGCAGCCAGGCGUUCUGGUACUUGUAGUUCUUUUUUACACCCAUCUUAGAUCUACACUCCUAUCACAACAUGCCAGGUGAAACCACUGCAGAGACAGGCCCAGCGAUGGAGCUGCCACAGGCUGAGACUGUGUUGGGAGUCGAUGGGAGUUGUAUCGGCAAACCAGUUUCACUACCCGAGGUAACCAAGGAAAUGGCUGAUCCAUGCCCCACUGUAGCUGCCGAAGCAGUUCAAGAUCACACUGAGAAGGUUAAGGACAAGCUGAAUGAAGAAGAGAUUGCUAGUCCUGUUAAAGAAGAACCAACAACCCAAGACCAAACUGCUGCUGUGCCAGAGGAAGACAGAGUGACCGCUGAGGAGCCAACUGUUGACGCACCGGAGGUUGCUGUUGAAGAACAAGCUAGUCAAGUAGUGCCAGUUCCUGAAGCCACCACAGAAGAGCAAGAAACUGCUUCAGAAUAUCUUACAGCAACUGUGGCACCUGAAGUGGUUGAAGCCCCUGAGGUUGUGAGCGUUGCGGUCCAACAAAACGAAGUGGCCACUCAGAGCGAGGAACCCAAGGUGAAGGUCCGGACUAAGGAUGUUAAUGGUCAUUCCAGGUCAUUUGCUAUUCAUUCAGACUCUGCUUCCAAGGUGCUCUCCUCCUUUCCCCCGUGCUGUUCUAACAGACCCCCUAUCCCCCUAAAAACUGGGACCACGCCUCCUCUGUCCUCUUCGCCCAAAGCUGUGCCUUCUUUCACCACCAAGCGCCCAUCUCCAACCAACCCUACCUCCUCUCCUAAGUCUCCCUCCACGCUUUACUGCUCCUCCACUCCCCCCUCUUCACCCCUGGCCUCGCCCCCUGUCGGCUCUCCUCUUGGUGGCACCGACAAGCACCAGGCCACCCCACAACCCAAGGUAAUAAAAGCAGUGGAGCCAGGGAAUGCUGAGAGUUUUACUAGGUCCAACGUACAACUAGAGCCUACUAAACCUAAACCUGCCCCUCUGGCUGACGCUCCACAGCUGCCAGCUGAAUCUAACAAUAUUGCGCUGUUACCUGAAGCUCUACAACCAACCAACUCUAACCCCGCUGCACCAGUUAAUGCCAGGCCAUUGCCUCCCACCAUGUCUGGUGCUGCUUCACACGUUCACAAACCCCCUGCCAUUCCUGUUCUAUCCUCAACGGAACUAUCCUCUGCCUCGUACGCUCAGCAAGUGGAUGUCACUGCCGCCGCCUUCCUAACUGAAGAUGCUGUCCUCUUUUCCCCAGCCCCAGCAGCUCCUUCCAUAGCUGUAGUAGCCACCAAGGCUGAAGUUGUCCAUCCUGAGGAUUCCACAACCACUAAAGCUACUGCCUUUCCAGCUCAGGUCUCAUUGUCAGAAGUGACGGACGUUCCAUUGGCUACGUCGCCUGUUAAAGCCUGCCCCUUCUCUUUUAAAGUGUUCUGCGAACAUGCUGCUCCUGCACCUAUGUCGUUCUCCACUGCUUUGCCCCCUCGGAGAGCUACAGAAGGUCAAGCAAAGGACCAGGUGCAUAAGGCUAUAGCUGUAUCUGCUGAGGCUUCUGUUGUGAAGGCUGAGCUGCCCUGUGAGUCUGCAGCAGUUGACGACCGAGCUGAACAGGUGUCCGUAGACGUGGCUGCUAAAGCGCCAGCUGAGAAGCAGGAUGAUAUGCCUGCUGCUGCCACUGUUGCCCCUCUCCAAGCUUCUGCUGCUGAGCCUCCCGCCGUUGAAAAUAUUCCCGCCACUGUAUUCCAGUCUCCUCCAUCUCCAUUCGAAAAGGAAACCCCUCCAAUUCCCUUUACUGCCCCCGCUGGUGUGGAGGUGUUUGUCCUUCCUAAAACACCAGCACCUCGAGCGGCUUCUCCUCCCAGGCUAUCCCCUGUCCCUGUCACCCCACUGAUUCCACUAGACGAACCCGGCGGCGGCACACCCGUAUUCCCCCGUCCACCCACACCAGUGGAGUCUCCCUCACCCCUCAAACCCUCCCCCCCUCCUUACCUCACCUCCAUCUUUAUCACUGAGCCUUCACCAGAUCCAGAGCCCAUUGUGGUAAAGCCAGUGGUCAACAACAACAACAAGGGGUCUGGCACAGAUUCCGACAGUGAUGAGUCCGUACCAGAUUUGGAGGAGCAGGACGCGACACAGACACAGCAGGCACAGCUUGCUGCAGCAGCUGAGAUCGAUGAGGAACCAGUCAGCAAAGCCAAACAAAGCAGAAGUGAAAAGAAAGCUAGAAAGGCCAUGUCCAAGCUCGGCCUCCGUCAGGUGAUGGGUGUAACCAGGGUUACCAUCAGGAAGUCCAAGAACAUCCUGUUUGUCAUCCCAAAGCCAGACGUCUACAAGAGCUCCGCCUCCGACACAUACAUCGUCUUCGGAGAGGCUAAGAUUGAGGACCUGUCCCAACAAGCUCAGCUGGCAGCAGCAGAGAAGUUCAAGGUCCAGGGAGAAGACAGAAUGUCCAGCAUCCAGGAGAACACACAGACACCCACAGUACAGGAGGAGAGUGAAGAGGAGGAGGUUGAUGAGACUGGCGUGGAGGUGAAGGACAUUGAGCUGGUGAUGUCACAAGCCAACGUAUCUCGAGCGAAGGCUAUACGAGCACUCAAGAACAACAACAACGACAUCGUCAAUGCCAUCAUGGAGCUGACCAUGUAGAUGCCAUGAGGACCAGGUCCAGUCCAGCAUUAAACCCUAGUAGACGUUGUCUAUUCAAUUAAUUCCAAGGAUAGAAAUAGAAGUUGUGGAUUAAGGGGAUGGAAUAUUUAUUCUUCUUCUGUUUACCGUUUGUUUUCCCAUUUGUUGGUAAAUAAAAUGUUUUCCUCACAUUA